UUGUUGUGUUUUGUGUUGUGCAAAGAGUAUAAUAAUAUAUGUGUUGUGUGAAAAUUGAAACUGAACUCUGAAGUUUCAGCUAAAGAUAAUUUAAACACUAGGUUUCAGCUUUCACUUGGUAGCUCCGCUAGGAGUAUUAUUGUUUUGUGUGUGGAUCUGAUUUCUGUGCCUGUUAGAGUUGAGAGUAGACUGUCGUGGUUACGCUUUGUGGUAUAAAAUAUUUGUGCUGAACUGCUGUCGCAAAAUGAAAAACUUUCCUGUAUUUGUGUUUCCUGUGUCAUUAGAAUUUUAUUUAAAUGCUAGACAUACUCACAAACAAUUAUUAACUGUUUACAAUCCGUAUGACUUUUCUGUUAAUUUCAAAGUCUUGAGUACAUCUCCGAACAAAUUUACAGUAAUAGACCCAGAGGGUAUAAUAGCCCCCCAGAGCUGCAUUGACAUCGUAGUUCGUUAUACUCAACCAUCUGUUUCACAUUGUAAUGUAAUUGAAAAAUUUAGGAUCACAAUGUAUGACAAAAAUACACAACAGGCAUUAGGGAAAAGGGACAUUCCUACAAAGUUAAUGGAAGGGGAACCUGUAAGCAUAAGUCAGGAUAGUAUGGGUGAUAAUUUUCUUCCCUUAUCUAAUAGAUCUGCACCAGCUAAACAAAUGGAAGACCACUCAAAAGUAAUAUGCAACCACCCAUCACAUUACAGAGAUCAUCAGCCAGUGAACAUAGUAGCUGUUGCGGUGAGCAUAUGUUGCAUAGCAAUAUUACUCCUUCCAACACACAAUGAACAAGUUGUAAAAUCACAAUUGCCCAUAUGGUUACAUGUGGGCUCAAAUCUUAAGCUAGUAUUUGCAUUUGUAUUAGGGUUAGUGUGCAUGCUGGUUUUGCGGCCUUGAUUUUGAAGCAUAUUAUGGGGGUGGAGGUUUUGAAAUGGCCAAAUAUAUAUUACCUGUGACAUUACUGUCAUUUAAAUACUUUCAUUACAAAUUGUUAUUACAGUACUUCUAAUUUGCAAGUUAUUUUGUUUGUAAUGUGUAGGUAACAUAAUUAUUAUGCAUUGGUGUCAUAAAUAUUUGUUUCCAUUAUGACCGUCUGAAGGGUGCCGUAGCUAGUGAAAUUACUGGACAAAUGAGACUUAAUAUCAGAUGUCACAAGGUGACACGCUCAAGUAUAGUGCCACUAAGAAUUUUUGGGUUUUUCAAGAACACUGAGCGGCAUUGCAUUAUGAUGGACAUGGAGCAUCAAUUACCAUCAGCUGAAAGAUCUGCUGAUCUCGCCUUAUUGUCAUAAAAAAAAGUAAUUACUAAUAAGGUUUAUUAUUCAUUAUACAUAAUUUGAAUUGCAAAAUACUUUUAACAUCGAAAUAAAUUCAUGCCUAGGAUGUUUUAGAAUCUCAAAGGUGAAUUUAUUUUUUGAGAAAAAAUAUUAGUAAUAGAUUCCAUGAAUUUUAUAAUGAUUUCUAAAAUCCAUUAAUUUAAUAACUGAUAUGUUGUUUUGUAAAUUUUAUUGUGAGGGUAAGAUAUACAUAUUUAAGGAGUGGAUUUUUAUUUGUGAUAUUUUUGAGGGGUGCUUAUUUGUGUGUUGCUAAGUAUCAUUUAAGUUAUUAGACUUGACUAUUAUUAAUAAUUAUUGUUGUGUGAUACAUAUAUUGUAUGAUGGUAUUAUGUUUUAUAAGGGACCAUUGAAUAAAGUUAAUACAUAAGACA